CCACUGCCGCUGCCACAGCGAUGGAUGGCUGUGUGGCUGUGCCUUCAAGGCAGUCACACAGCCAACUGGCCAUCAGUCGUUCGGUGUUGAUUACCGCGUGCGGUACGUUGUUUUCUCCAACUUCUAAAAAGUGGCAACUCGUGCUACGCGAAUUCGAAACGCUUUUUAGCGAAUAACAGCAAACGAAUUGCUGUUGUGUUAGUUAAUGAUACUUGAUAUAAAACAAAGCGCUUUCGGAAAACAAAGAAAAAUUGCAAUUCGUAAUUUGCUUCCACAAACACUUUUUGUGGCAUUGAUAACAACAAAAAUAAAUCCAGCGUCUAAAAUAAAGAAGCCUUAAAUCAGCGUAACAGUAUCGUUGACUUUGACGCUAUCGGUGUUGGUGUUUGUUGCUGGCUGGCGCAGAUCGUCGCGCGAUAAAUCAAUCAACAGCGCUCGUACACUUCAACCAACAGCUAGCCGCACAUCUUCUAGUUCAGCGGACAUAGAGCCACCCAGCCACUGAGCAACCCAACACUAUGGAUUCUUACCUAACCGAAAUCAAACAAAUGCGGAUACCUCGCCCGAAAUAUGAACCCAACGGUAGUCCGCCAAACAACUGGCAUCGCCUGGUACGCCCAUACACACCGCCGCGCGACUACCACUUGCCAAUCAAUGAUAUAAUCACCACUACGAGCACAUUGCCACCAAAUCGCAGCUGCCAAGGUGGAGCGGAGGAGUUUCGACCGACAUUGCAUGAAAAAAUGUGAGCCGCACGAGUUUACUCCUCACAAUGACACCGCUAUAUAUAUAUAUAUAAAUGCAGACAUACAUAUUCAACCAAACGCAGUGGUAACGAAAAACGGAUUUAAUCUCAUCAAUGUUUUUUCAUUGAUUUAAUUAAUGAAAUCAAUUGGGGGAAAUAUGAAGAAUGCCAAGUGAAGCAGUUAAACGUAAGGGAGUAAUUUGUUGGAGUCCAUGUGGAGAAGGAGGAGGAGGAAGAGAAGGAGGAGGAGAAGGAGUAUGAAGAAUGAGAAACAAAUGUGUUGAGGAAAUUGGAGAAGGAUUAAUUUUAGGCACGCUACUAUUAAACUAUGCACUUAUAUUAACACAUGCAUGCAUACAUGCCUACAAAUAUACAUAUAUUGCAAAGGAUCUACAACGAAAUGUAGUAUAUAGUAUUUUUUUAAGUUGUAUGAAUUUAAGUGUUUUCGUCGUUUGCUUAAUGGCGGAAAUUUAUUUUGUAUCUUUUUUAUUAUUCUUACAGAGUAAUUUAUGAAUAUUGAUUCAAUAAAGUUGUUGAUUUUAUUUAAUAAGAAAUGU